CUAACUGCUGCUGCAGAAGAAAUAUUCUUAGAGUUUGAAAAAGCCAUCGUCCGGUACGAGGAGGAGAUCGACCGUCAGCGCAGACUGCUGGAUGUUAUCUGGAAACCACAGAUAACACAACACACAGCAGAUCUCCCACGGCAGCAUGUGUUUAAGGAGGAAGUUCUCACUACCCAGCAGCUCUGUAAUCAGGAGAAGAACUCAAGUCUGGACGUGGACGACCAAGAGCAUCUGCAGAUGAAAGAGGAACAGGAGGAACUCUGCACUGGUCUGAACCAAAAGGACCCACAGCCUUCACAAAUUAAAGAUGAGCAGGAGGAACUCUGUACCAGUCAGGAGGGAGAGCAGCUCGUACUGAAACGAGAGAUUGAUGAUAGUAGUCAACACAGUGACCUGCCCUCCUCUCAUUACUCUCCUGUAGAUGAAACUCUAGGUCUGGAUGCAAGCAAGCUGAUAGACUCAGGAUCAAGCGGAAAUGCUGAGCCAAACUCGGAUAAGAGACCUCACAGCAACAACAGUCACAGCAACAUGGUAGACGACUCUCCUGUAUCCAAGAGUCAGUGUAAAACUGAUACAGAAUGUGACUUCUGUGGAAAAAAUUUCAAAGACAAGUACCAAAUGAAGAGGCAUCAGAGAACUCACACAGGUGUGAAACCAUAUGCUUGCAACUUUUGUGGGAAAAGAUUCUGUCAGAUAUCGUCACUUAAAUAUCACAUAAGAAUUCACACGGGUGAGAAGCCACAUUCUUGUGACACAUGUGGAAAAAGUUUCAGAACUAGUGAUGGUUUGACGGUCCACAAGAGGACUCACACAGUUGGGGGUCACCAGGAGGCCUGAACAAACCAGAUCAGUGGGAUCCGUCCGUCUGUCCGUCCGAAUGUUUUCCUGUGAAAAAGCAGCGACGGACUGAAUCUGCAGGAGCCUGAAGAUCAGCUGAACGAAGCAGUUUCUGAAUAAGUAAGGAAGCCUGUGAGCGUCAAACCAACCGGGAUGCUGCAGCUGUGUAAGGUCACCAGCGCCCUGUUCAUCAGUAACGCCCGCUCGGCCUGCAGCGACGAGCUCAUCCAGCAGGAGGCGGUGACGCUCUGCAUCAACGUGUCCAAGCAGCAACCGUUUCCCUCCGCUGGUGUCACCAAGCUGCAGAUCCCGGUCUACGACGACCCCAACGAGGACCUCUACAGACACUUCGACCGCUGCGCUGAUGCCAUCCAGAAGGAGGCGAAUCGUGGAGGACGCAGCGUCGUCUACUGCAAGAAUGGACGCAGCCGCUCGGCCACCAUUUGCAUCGCCUACUUGAUGAAGCACCGCAGACUGACGCUGACGGAGGCCUUACAGAAAGUGAGGACGGCUCGCCAUGUGAUCGAUCCCAACCCCGGCUUCAUGUCUCAGCUGCAGAGAUACGAAGAGGAGCUGAAGAGGAGACGAGAAAGAUCCAACAGUGAGUCUGAGGACUGCAGCUGUCGGCCAGAAGUCCACUGCAGAGGCAGCUGAACGACAUGGAGGAGAAAGGCAACCGGACCCGUCAGCAGGUGAAACAUGAGACGGGGAGAUGCUAUCAUUUUUUAAAAAGAAACAUCAGAGUGGCGUAAAUCCAAAUCACUGCUUCCAGUCAGAACCUUGACAGUAAAUAAUGAAUAUCCUUGAGUUGAAAUGACACACUUCUGCGGAUAGAACUGUGAUUCAGAUCGUCAUUCUGCCCCAGCAGAACAGGUCUCUGUAGACUCUGUUUUCAUGUCAUCACCACCUCUCCCCGCAAAUACAUGUGCAUGCACACAUCCCCACAUACACACACAGGCAUACAAACAUGCAUACACACGCACACACACAUGCACACACGCAAACAGGCACACACAUUCAUACACACACUGCACUACUGCACUAGGCUCUUUAUUUAUUUAUCUACUAAAUAUUGCACUAACUGAUGGUUCACUGCACAUAUAUUUAUGUUGUAGAUUUGUAUAUAUUAGUGUGUCUCUUUAUACUUAUAUUGUCUUUUAUGAAAAGUUUUUUUUAUAUAUUGUCUUAUGGCUGAAACCGGCACCAGGGUCUAAUUUCGUAUUGUUUCAUGUGCAAAUGUGGAAUGAUAUGACAAUAAAGAACCUUUGACCUUUGA